UUCUUCCUCCUCCCGCUGCUGCAUCCUCUUAGCCUUCGUCCUCCUCCUGAACUGCGCCUGCCUGGUCAAUCCAUGUCCAUGUCCGCCCUGCAACAAGAGCUCGCCCCUCGUGCUUGAAGCUUCUCUACAGAAAUCGCCCUCCGAAGCAGACGACGCGAAGGCCAUCAAUCAUUCAAUCCCCAUGAACAGACCUUCCUAAAUCACUCCCGCCGCCGUCACUCUGAUGCGGGCUCCUCAAUCGAACAAUGCUCACGCUCAAACACGUGAGCAAGACCAGGGCCCUUCUGCUUCCCCAGUCCAUCAUCGUCCUCGACCACGCCCUCCUCGCCACCGCCGCCGCCGCCCCCCCUCCGCCGCCGCCGCCCCCCUCCGCCGCCUCCCUCCUCCGCGCGCCGCAGCGGGCCGGCGCCGCCCUCAGCACGACGGAGCUCGUGCUCUCCUUCGCGGAGUGGUUCCAGUCCAGCAAGAAUUCCCUGUUCGACAGGAUCUUCGAGAUCCUGGGCUCGAGCCCCGACGACGGCCGGGGCCCGCCCGACUCGGCGCUCUCGUGGCUGGGCCUCCGCCUGACGGAGCGCCUCGUGCUGGACGUCCUCGACUACGGGACGAGGAGACACGGCGGCGUGCUUCCUUGCCUCAAGUUCUUCGACUGGGCGGGCCGUCAGCGCGGGUUCUACCACACUCGCGCGACCUUCCAUGCGAUCCUUAAGAUCCUGUCGACCGCCAAGCUCAUGUCGCUGAUGAUCGACUUCCUCGAGAGCUGUCAGGUGCAGAAUUACUUCCACAGGAUUAGGUUUAAUGAUACAUUGGUAAUGGGGUAUGCGGUCGCUGGGAAGCCCGAGUUUGCACUCCAGCUGUUUGGUAAAAUGCGCUUUCGGGGUUUGGACUUGGAUACGUUCGCCUAUCACGUGUUCUUGAACGCGUUGGUGGAGGAGAGCUGCUUCGACGCUGUCGAGAUGGUCGCGAAGCAGAUUUCACUGAGGGGGUUCGAGAGCGAGAUCACGCACUCGAUCAUGAUGAAGUGCUUUUGCAAGCGGAAGCAGAUGGACAAGGCAGAGGAGUAUUUGCGCAGGUUGGCUAGUGAAGGAAAGAAUUUGAGCGAGCACUUGUUGUGCACGUUUGUCGAUGCUCUUUGCCGGGAUGAGAAGUUUGAGCAGGCAUGUGCUUUGGUGGAGGAGUUUGCGGAGAUAGGAUUCGGGCCAAUGGACCGUGUUUAUGGUGUGUAUUUGGGAGACCUUGUCCGAGCUGGGAAAAUAGACAGAGCCUUGGAGUUCUUUCAGUCCAAGAAGUAUUUGGAGGGAUAUAUUCCUGAUAUGUAUCGCUAUAAUAUGUUGAUAUGCAAGCUUUUGAGGCAAAAUCGUCUUGAGGAGGUGUUUGACAUGCUGAUGGAGAUGAAGGAAGCUCACGUUCUACCUGAUAAGGUCACCCUAAAUGCUGCUCUAUGCUUCUUUUGUAAAGCUGGAAUGGUGGAAGUUGCCCUUAAAUUGUUUGAUUUGAGGGCCGAAUUCGGGCUCUCCAUCAACGGGAUGGCUUACAACUAUUUGAUCAAUACAUUGUGCGGCGAUGGGAGCACGGACGAAGCAUAUCGUGUCUUGAAGAACUCUAUGGUGCAAGGUCAUUUCCCGGGUAAAAAAACCUUCGACGUCCUGGCAGAUGCUUUGUGCAGUGAGGGAAAGCUUGAUAAGAUGAAGGAGUUGGUGGGCGCAGCGCUGGAUCGGAAGUUUAUGCCUAGUUUUCCCGCAUAUGAAAAGUUCAUAUUGGCCCUGUGUAGGGCUAGGAGGGUAGAAGAAGCUUACUUGAUACAUGGGGAGAUCAAUAAGGUUGCUCGUUUCACCAGGAAAACAGCUAACUUGAACUUGAUUCGUGGCUUUAACAGGUCAGGUAGGGGGGAUAUUGCGGCCAGGCUUCUUAUUGAGAUGCAAGAUAAGGGUCAUGUUGUGGGUAGGCCAUUGUUCAGGGCGGUAAUCUGCUGCUUUUUUUCCAUGGAAAAUCCAGAAAACCGAUUCCUAAGAUUCCUGGAAAUGAAGCUGUCUCGUAGUGAACCAAGCAUUCAGUUGUAUAAGAACUUCAUUGAUGGAGCUGGGCAUGCCAAGAGACCUGAACUGGCUAGAGAAGUGUAUGAGAUGAUGAAGAGAAAUGGCAUUCAACCCGAUGUGCAGGCUGACUUUCUCAUGUUACAGAGUUAUCUAAAGAGCGAGAAAGUUUCGGACGCUCUCAAUUUUUUUAGCGAUAUAUGCCAAAGGAGAGAGGUUAGCACAAAACUUUACAAUACCCUUAUUGUUGGUCUCUGCAGGAUUGGAAAGGCAGACGUUGCACGGGAGUACAUGAGCCAGAUGAAGGAAAAGGGGUUGGUUCCAAAUGCUGAAUGUUAUGAGCUUCUCGUGCAGCUCCUGUGCUCGCAAGGGGAGUAUGAUGCUGCAUUUAAUGCUAUUGCUGACUUGAAGAACGUCAGACGCCCCAUCACAGCCUUUAUUGGCAAUGUGCUUCUGUUGCAUUCCUUGAAAAGCCCAAGGCUAUACAUGGCAUGGGCACGUUCAAGCAAAGAGUAUGAUCAUAUAUCUGAGAUUUCAGAGCUUGGAAAACUCCUUAGAGCAUUUACUGGUGGAAUUAUAACCGGUGAAGAUGUCGUGGACACAGAAGAAUUGAUCAAACGAUGCUUCCGGCCCAAUAUUUACACUUACAACAUGUUACUGAGAAAACUGUGCAUGACUGAUGUGGACGGUGCUAUCGAGCUCUCCAACAAGAUAUGCAAAAUGGGAUUCGAACCUAACCUGUGGACUUAUGACAUUUUAGUGCAUUCUCUUAUCAUGCAUGGAAGAGCAACCGAGGCUAGGAAAUGGGUGAAGGAGAUUAGUUGUACGUACCCGUCUCGCCGGGUCUUUAGAUAUUUGUCGGGCCGGCAGUCAUCGCCGGCCGCAAUUUACUUGUAGCCAUUCAGAAUAGCACCUCAAUUUUGGUAAGAAAUGAUAUGCUUGCCAUUUUGGUCUGACGGUUGUGUCAAUUGUCAAAAUGGCGUCGACCCGUGUACAUUACAAUUUUUUCGUGAGGUAUGCUCUAGUCGAAGGAGAGAAUCAUAUGUAAGUUUUGCUCUUUACCAUGUCGAAUAAUCUAAUAAGCAUUUGCUUUGA